AUGCUCGGACACAUCGCCAAGGCCGUGGGCAUCCUAUGCGGCAGCGUGGCCGCUGUGUCGCUAUACCGCGAAGAAGCCAAGAAACGCCAAGUGCACGCUUCGUGGGCGACCAAUUUCCAGCCCUCUCCUCACUGGGACUUCAACUGGGACAGGCGGGACCCCGAGUCUUGCGCAAAGCCUCCGGCUGACUCCUCAGAAGAAGAGAAGCGUCGUUAUGACGAAGAAGUGCAGAAAGCAAAGGCGACCGCAACACGCUAUUUGUACCUAGUUCGACAUGGGGACUUCACAUUUUACGAGGAGCCGGACACCUAUCGCACGCUUACAGAACUUGGCCGCAAGCAGGCGGACCUGACCGGCCAGCGGCUCAAGCAGCUGGGCAUCCCUUUCUGCCAGCUGACCCACUCGACCAUGGCGCGCGCAGUCGAAACGGCCGAGCUCAUCCACCGGCACCUGCCGCAGCUCCCGCUCUAUCAGUGCCAGCUCAUCCGCGAAGGGGAGCCCAUGCCUCCUGAGCCGCCGUUUGGAAUAUGGAAGCCGCAGUCCAAGUUCCUGACCGAUGGUGCCCGAAUAGAGGCCGGCUUCCGCAAGUACUUUCACCGCGCUUCGCCCAGCCAGAAGCAAGACUCCCACGAGAUCAUCGUCUGCCACGCCAACGUCAUACGAUACUGCAUAUGCAGGGCCCUGCAGAUCCACCCUGAAGCCUGGUCCCGCAUGAGCCUGGCCAACUGCAGCAUAUCGGUGGUGAAGAUCGCCCCCUCGGGACGGGUGACCCUGCGCGCCCUAGGCGACCACGGCCACCUACCCGUGGAAUUCAUCACGGCCAGCUAGGGUCUCCCCAUAAAAGUCCCUCGUAUACCUCACCGGCUCAGCCGCCUUCAAACUUGUUGAAAUUUUGUCAACACCUCAAGAUUUCGAACGCGCGACCUCAUUGUCGCGGAAAUGUGUGCUUUUUUUUGUUCUCCGCUGACCAUAUCGUAUGUGGCACCUGAAUACAUUAUUUCGCGAUGCACUUAUAUCGAUAUAUAAGAGAGUGUCAGUUACGCAAUACCAUACACGACGACGAUAUAGCGUCCUUUCGCGCACGAAGUUUGACUAACAUCAUAACGACCUCUUUUGUUAAAUAUCCGUUCAUGAACAGCGAGCACGUGUUCAUAUUUGGCGAUUUUCUACAUCGUCACGACUGUCAAUGAAAAAGAAGUAACCGUGGGAAGGCGAGGAGAUUUCGAGACACGCACACGCAUGCACACACUAAGGUGUCCGCCAGCUCCAGUGGGCGCUAAUUGUGUUCGAGGAGGCUCUCACACUGACGGGAACGCCGCAGACAAAACAGACAACACAGGCUCAUGACGGCAACGCCGAGGGAGCAAGCGAAGGUAAAGCUUCGUAUUCGUGAGUGGUAAGCAACUCG